CAAUACUACCGCAGUGAAUGAAUCCUUGUUCAGUUUAGGGCUGCUGCUACAUUAUCAGGACGAGACAUGGAAGAGGGUUCAUCAACUGCUACCCUCUUGGUUCGACACCUUCCGGAAGCUAUUCCUUUUGACACACUUUCUCGCCUCUUUUCCCAUUAUGGCGCCUCUUCUGUUCGUCCUUGCACCCGUGGAAGAGUAAGGAAUUGUGCUUUUGUUGAUUUUAGUAAUGAGUCCUUGGCAUCUCAAGCUCAUCGACAGCUAAAUGGAUUGCGAUUUCUUGGUAAGGUCUUAUCAGUUGAAAAAGCUAGUAAAUCAGGCGAGAAUAUUAAGGAUCAACAGGAGAAAGUCCCAAAAGUGAAUCACUUAUCACCUAUGAUAAACACUCCUUCAGCUAGAGGUCAUUGUCAAGUACCUAUAUUACCGUCCUUUCCAGCUAGUGAACCUAUUGCUGAUAGACUCGGAGUUGACUAUCCUUUUCCUCCACACCUUGAGUAUGCUUACCCACCUCCAGAUGGGAAUAUACUUACAAACAUUGUGAAUGCUCUGAUUGCUGUUCCCCGAUUCUAUACUCAGGUGCUACAUUUGAUGAAUAAAAUGAAUAUUCCUGCACCAUUUCGUAUGGCACUACCCACACCUCCCUUACCACCUACAGAACCAGCCCCCCUACCACCACCUCCACCAUUGCUUCCAUUAGAACUUGCUUCUAAGCCUCCCAUGGCUGACUUAUCCAGUGAUGAGUCUGAGAUGGAAUAUUCAGAUGAGGAGAUUGAUGACAAGUCAGGUUCGUUAAAAAUGAAGGAAGGGAUAGUUCCUAGGUCAAAGCGUAAGAGAGAAACUAUUGUAGGACCUGCCUUUGAUAAAGGUGUGGCUCAUGAAUCUGUGGGACUGAAAUCUUCUGUCUUGGUGCCAAAAGAGAUGCCCAUUAUAAAAAAGAAGAACCUUGUGUUACAGAUAAAGAUUGGGUCGUCCAAACAAACACAAUAUCAACAGAUGGAAGUGGAUGGUAAUAAAGAACCAUCUGAGCAUGAAAAAACAAAUGUGGAUAUCCAACCUUAUGCUACUCCUGAAAUACUUGCCAAAGGAAGGUUGCCUCCAGAGGAAAUAUUAUCUCUUCCAAUGUUUAAGAAUUAUGCGGCUGGAAAUCCCGCUCCUGUGUUGUAUGUGAAGAAUCUGGCAAAAGACGUGGUUGCUGACGAUUUCUUCUACUUAUUCGGAUCACUAUUUGGCAGCAUUGAUGCAGCUAAAUCCGACCUAAUAAUUAAAUUAAUGCAGGAGGGAAGAAUGAGGGGACAAGCUUUUGUGACAUUUCCUUCUAUCGAACUUGCUCAUCGUGCUUUAAAUCUAGUGAAUGGGUACAUGUUAAAAAACAAGUCUAUAAUCAUUCAGUUUGGAAGGAGCUCUACAAACACAAAAUCUAGUGAAUCUAGUUAA